AUGAGAGGGUACGGGAGGGAACAGGAGGAAGUUUACCCUUCUGUACCCAAAAAAAGGAAGGUACAGGAGGGAACGGGGGGGAACGGGGGGGAACAGGAGGGAACAGGAGGGUACGGGAGGGAACAGGAGGGUACGGGAGGGAACAGGAGGGAACAGGGGGAAACGGGGGGGGGGGGGGUACGGGAGGGAACGGGAGGGUACGGGGGGGAAGGGGAGGGUACGGGGGGGAACGGGAGGGUACGGGAGGGAACAGGAGGAAGUUUACCCUUCUGUACCCAAAAAAAGGAAGGUACAGGAGGGAACAGGAGGGUACGGGAGGGCACGGGAGGGAACGGGAGGGAAUGGGAGGGUACGGGAGGGUACGGGAGGGAACGGGAGGGUACGGGAGGGAACGGGAGGGAAUGGGGGGGGGGGGUACGGGAGGGAACGGGAGGGUACGGGGGGGAAGGGGAGGGUACGGGGGGGAACGGGAGGGUACGGGAGGGAACAGGAGGAAGUUUACCCUUCUGUACCCAAAAAAAGGAAGGUACAGGAGGGAACAGGAGGGUACGGGAGGGCACGGGAGGGAACGGGAGGGAAUGGGAGGGUACGGGAGGGUACGGGAGGGAACGGGAGGGUACGGGAGGGAACGGGAGGGAAUGGGAGGGUACGGGAGGGUACGGGAGGGAACAGGAGGGAACAGGAGGAAGUUUACCCUUCUGUACCCAAAAAAAGGAGGGUACAGGAGGGAACAGGAGGGAACGGGGGGGAACGGGAGGGAACAGGAGGGUACGGGAGGGAACAGAAGGGAACGGGAGGGAACGGGAGGGAACAGGAGGGAACAGGAGGAAGUUUACCCUUCUGUACCCAAAAAAAGGAAGGUACAAGAGGGAACAGGAGGGUACGGGAGGGUACGGGAGGGAACGGGAGGGAACGGGAGGGUACGGGAGGGAACAGGAGGGAACAGGAGGAAGUUUACCCUUCUAUACCCAAAAAAAGGAGGGUACAGGAGGGAACAGGAGGGUACGGGAGGGAACAGGAGGGAACAGGAGGGUACGGGAGGGAACAGAAGGGAACGGGAGGGAACAGGAGGGAACAGGAGGAAGUUUACCCUUCUGUACCCAAAAAAAGGAAGGUACAAGAGGGAACAGGAGGGUACGGGAGGGAACGGGAGGGAACGGGAGGGUACGGGAGGGUACGGGAGGGAACAGGAGGGAACAGGAGGGAACAGGAGGAAGUUUACCCUUCUGUACCCAAAAAAAGGAAGGUACAGGAGGGAACAGGAGGGAACGGGGGGGAACGGGGGGGGAACGGGAGGGAACGGGGGAAAACGGGAGGGAACAGGAGGGUACGGGAGGGAACAGGAGGGUACGGGAGGGAACAGGAGGGAACAGGGGGGAAACGGGGGGGGGGGGGGGGGGGGGGUACGGGAGGGAACGGGAGGGUACGGGGGGGAAUGGGAGGGUACGGGGGGGAACGGGAGGGAACGGGGGGGAACGGGAGGGAACGGGAGGGAACAGGAGGAAGUUUACCCUUCUGUACCCAAAAAAGGAAGGUACAGGAGGGAACAGGAGGGUACGGGAGGGCACGGGAGGAACGGGAGGGAAUGGGAGGGUACGGGAGGGAACGGGAGGGUACGGGAGGGUACGGGAGGGAACGGGAGGGAACGGGAGGGAAUGGGAGGGUACGGGAGGGUACGGGAGGGUACGGGAGGGAACAGGAGGGAACAGGAGGAAGUUUACCCUUCUGUACCCAAAAAAAGGAGGGUACAGGAGGGAACAGGAGGAAGUUUACCCUUCUGUACCCAAAAAAAGGAAGGUACAAGAGGGAACAGGAGGGUACGGGAGGGAACGGGAGGGUACGGGAGGGUACGGGAGGGAACAGGAGGGAACAGGAGGAAGUUUACCCUUCUAUACCCAAAAAAAGGAGGGUACAGGAGGGAACAGGAGGGUACGGGAGGGAACAGGAGGGAACGGGAGGGAACAGGAGGGAACAGGAGGAAGUUUACCCUUCUGUACCCAAAAAAAGGAGGGUACAGGAGGGAACGGGGGGGAACGGGAGGGUACGGAGGGCCUCCACAACAGUGUGUCGUGA